AUGCUCGGGCAGCAGCUGCGCCAGCAAGCAGCUGGCCUGGCGGGCGUGCUGCCGCUGGCGUCCACCUCGUUCACCAGCUCACAGGGCGAGAUCUACUUUGGACUGGCGAAGGCCGUUGACGUGUACCUGGUGGUGCUGACGGUGCGCAUUCUGCUGAGCUGGUUCCGCAACAUCAAUUGGUUCGGGGAGCCCUUCAACACGCUGCGCCAGCUGACGGACCCGUACCUCCAGAUGUUCCGCGGGAUCAUUCCGGCCAUAGGCGGCAUCGACCUCUCCCCCAUGCUGGCCUUCUUCCUGCUCAACUUCCUUCGGGGCGCGCUCAUGGGCAUGGCAGUUUAG